CACAUAACCCUAUCGCUUCCCCAAUCCAUUCGUCCCCGAUCUGCCGCCACCAUCUGUCGUCGUCGCCUCGCCGUCUUCACCUCUCCCUACUCCGAACCCAAUUCUCUUACCUUUCUUUUCCUCUCUCGCGUUCUCUCUUCCUCUCCGACAAACCCCCUUCUAAAACAAUGUUGAGGCGUGUUGGAAAAAUAGGCGAUAAAGGUUCGGGCUCUUUGAGUUCAUCAAACGCAACUGUGAUAAGAUUUAAGGUCCACAAAGCUCCUUGUGUUAUGAAUACAUCUCGCACAUCCUUAAAUCCAGGAAGAACGUUUUUUUCUUGCCCGUUUUGGAUGGAUGAAAGCAAGAACUGGCAUUUUUCGCUGGGUUGAUGGUACAUCUGAAAGUGAUUCUAUGGUUUGAUGGAUUAAAGGAAGAGAAUGAGCAGCUGAAGUUAAAUUUAGCGCAUAUAGAGUCACUUUAAGGGCGUCUUCGUAGGGCAGAAGAGAAGGCGAAGAAGAGGAAACAAGAAAAGUUGGCGAUGAUUGAAGACUUGACGAAGGUUACUGAGAUCAGUGAUGCUAGUUUACUUGAAUUGCAGAGAAUGAGAAAUGCUAUCAGUGCACUACAAAGUAGGAUGACCAUGAGGAAUUUUACAAUGCUAUAUAGUAUUGGUGCUAUAGGUUUUUGUCUUUAUGGUACAACUUAAAGUUGUACCUUUAACGUUAUGGUACAACUUCAAAUUACAUCUAUACUCUUUAUAGAAAUUCUUUUAUGGUACAACUUGAACUUGUACUUCUAUGUGAUGGUAUAACUUUAAAACUUAAAGUUGUACCAUAACAUAAAAGUACAAAUUCCUUUAUGGUACAACCUAAACUUAUACAUUUAAUGUUAUGGUACAACUCAAAGUUAUACAUUAAAGCACCAAUACUUUAUAGCAUAGUAAAAGUGCUCGGAUGACCAUAUGUGUAAUCUUUAUAGUAGUAGUUCUUGUGUUGGUUCUUGUUCGUAUGUAAGUGGCUUGUGAUAAGAGAGAGACAAACUCGGCAACUACCUCACCACUUCUCCCCUCUCUUCGUUUGUGACUGUUACUUUUCUGUUCUUCUGUUCCUAAGUUUAUGUUAGUGGGGAAUUACCUUUCAUUAGGAAUAGCUAUUAAUUGAAACCUCAUUGUAUAAAUACAUAUCAAUAAUGCAAUCACAACUCAGGUUUUCUGAGCCCUUUCAUGGUAUCAGAGCCAUAAUAAACUCAAACGAGUUACAUACCUUUUCUUUUCUUCCUUUUCUGUCUUCUGCUUCUUCCUUCAAUGGCUACUUCCUCCACUACAUCUGAUUCUUCUUCUUCGUCCAUCCAAUCUCCCUCUCCACAUCGCUUGUUGAUUCCUUCAAAUCCCCAGCUCACUAUCAAAUUAACUCCAACCAAUUAUUUGCUAUGGCGUGCUCAGAUUCACCCUCUGCUUCGAUAUAAUCGUCUCAUUAGACACAUCGAUGGCACUCUUCCUCCUCCUCCCUCGACUGUCGAGAGUCAACCCAAUUCAGACUAUGCAACCUGGUACGAGAAUGAUCAGCUCGUCCUUGCCUGGAUUAAUCUCUCACUGACGGAAGCCGUGAUGCCUACCAUUGUCAACAAGACCACUGCUCUCGCCUCCUGGGAUGCCCUCGCCACAGUCUAUGCCUCGAGCUCUCCCGUCAUCAUCGUCCCGCUCCGCAAGUCUCUUCUUCGUCUCGCUCGUGGUAACGAGACAAUCCAUGAAUAUAUCCACCGAGCAAAGGCCAUCUAUGACAAAAUGCUCGCUCUCGGCGCUACAGUCACCGAACAGGAACUGGUGGUUGCCUUUCUGGACGGACUUGACGAAGACUACCUCCCGUUCACUCGCAAUCUCGAGGCGCGCCUGGAACCCAUCUCCUUCGAGAAUGUCAGCAGCCUCCUUCUCAGCGAAGAAAUUCAGCUCCAACGAUUUCGCUCAUCGUUCGGCGAGGCCGCGCCUCCGCUGUCUUUUUAUUCCGCCAGAGGGGGGCGCAGUGACGGGCGCUCUUCACGCAGCCGAGGACAGCAUUUUGCUGGUCGAGGGAUUCCCCACCCGGGCCGUUUUUCUAACCCAGUUUUUGCAGGUGGCCGGCCCAAUUCAGGUGGCGCACGGCCUGUUUCGUCAGGGGUGCUCGGUGUUGGGCCUUCUGGCCCAUCCCUUAUUAUUUGCCACAAUUGCGGGGGGAGGGGACAUGUCCGAGCCCAUUGUCCAAGCCCUAUUAUUCCAGCCCAGCCCAAUUAUCACCCUGGCGCAGCCUCGUAUCUUGCCCAAUCCUCUCACCCGGCCCAGUCUUCCUAUAACAUCCCGUUUCGGCUAAAAUCGUAUUUCGAUCGCUAGAAAGUUCGCGAUUUAAAAGCGAGUGUUUUGAUAGUAUUUCGAUGAAAAUUGAUUCGGCCGGAUAAAUACCAAUUACUAUAUUUAUAUAUAGUAAUACAUAUAAAUAAUUAUAUAUGUUAAUUAAAGUUACACACCUACUUGUGUGUCGCCGGGAGAGGAGUUGUCAGGGGAAAAGAAAUAAAAAUAAAAAGUAAACGAAAAGCAGACGGCAGAUUGCUUUCAUAUAUAUAUUGUAAACCAAAUCCCCUGGUCCAUUUCCAUCUUCUCUCUUUACUCAUUUAAUUACCCAGAGGUAGAGCAGCGCGCGGAGCAGUUCAGAGGAGGGACGAGGGAAAUUCUCAUAGCUCGAAUCUUGAGCUUUAGUAAUCCAAAAAUCCCGUAAGUAAUGCCUAAUUCAUCCAUACAUCGUAAUUUAUCGAUUUAGAGUUUUAAAACGAGUUUUUGGUUCAGGAAUUUCUUGAAUUCCCGAUAAGCUAAAUUAGGGUUUCGGAGUAGCCAGAAGUCGGAUUGAGCCCAAAUUUCAUAUACGAGCUUCCUGCAGCGAGGUAAUCAAUCCUCUAGUUCUAAUCCCUAAAUUUCGGCUAUUAUUUAGAUCGGAGCCGGAUCGCUGAAUUUAGCUCCGGCCAGGGUUUGAUGUGUUUUUAUCAAGAAUUUGUCCCGGAGCCUAGAACUAAUAUUGACGGGGAUACUGCAGGGGAUAUUAGAACGGUAUCGGAUUUUAAUUCGGGGUUUGUUCGUGAAAUUGAAGUUUUAGUACGGGAAGGUUAAGCCGGUGUUUGAACGACCAGAGCUGGUGAGGGAUUAGCACGGCAUACCAGAUUUGUCGUAUCACGAUAAUUAUAUUGAUGCUUAGAAUUGACCUAGGUGAACUAGAAUGGCAUGAUUAGGGGUGUAUGGACUUUUGUGCUAUAUGUUGAACCCUGGAUUGCUGUAUGAUAUUAUUGACUUGCCCUAAUCGAUAUGAACCUUGUUUAUGCUGAUGAUUGUGUAUAUGUUGCAAAUUGUGGGCUUGACUGUUAAUAUGCUUAACGAUGGUUCAAGAAGGUGACUAGGUAUGAUUUUUCAUGAUUGUUGUAUUUGGAUGCACAAGUGGGAGAAUAUAUAUUCCCUGGUGAUAGUAUGAUGUUUAAGGAGGAUGACUUGCACGAGGGUUUAUCCCGAGGAAGUGCAAUUAUACGACUCCUGAUUUACCUAUGUCGAGCCAAUUAUGGCCAGGUCAAGUACAUGUGCAAGUAAUGAAUUAUGAUUAAGCAAGAUGAGAUAUGAAUCAUGUAUAAGGAUACUAAAUAUGAGUGUUGUGGUCUCACGGUCAACUACAUAGUAAUUAGGGCUCCCUAUGCUAUUACUCUAUUAUGAUAUGUAUGAUAGUCACACCUCUCAUGUGGUGGUGACUGAAGAAUUCUUACGAGAUAUGACCACACCCAGAGCGGUGUCGAGGUAUGACUACACCCAUAGUGGUGUGGGGUAUGUAUGACCACAUCCCACGGGAUGUUGGGGUAUGUAUGACUACAUCCGACGGGAUGUAGGGUAUGUUUCCCUGGAGAGUUAUUAGCAUGGGAGUAGCCAGGCGCCUAUGAGUAAAACAUGAUAAGAUGC